AUGCCGUAUCUCGAAGUACACGACCGUCAUAUCUGCUAUGCGGAUUCUCAUCCCCAGGGAGCUCCCAAGGAUGGUGAGACCUUUGUCUUCAUUCACGGGCUUGGUUCUUCACAAAAUUAUUACUUCCCUAUCCUCGACCACCUGACUCCCAGCCAUCGCUGCAUCACCCUCGACACCUACGGCUCCGCUCGCUCCACCUAUACUGGGUUGCCCAUCUCCAUUGCUUCCAUUGCUGCAGACGUGGUCGGGGUGCUGGACUCGCUGAACAUCCCCAAGGCCGUCGUAGUCGGCCACUCCAUGGGCGGUUUGACAGUUAAUUUACUCGGCGCACAAUAUAGCGAUCGCAUCAGGGGUGUAGUCGCCAUCGGCCCGACCCACCCCUCAGAGGCUAUAGCCACGACGAUGAGCAAAAGGAGCGAGACAGUGCUCGAGGCCGGAAUGGAACCCAUGUCAAAUACUAUCCCCAACGCCGCGACGGGCUCGCAGACCUCUCCGCUCGCCAAAUCGUUCAUCCGAGAACUCCUCCUCGGCCAGAACCCCAAGGGCUACGCGGCACUAUGCCAGGCUGUCGCCAACUCACCUGUCGUCGACUACUCGACCAUCACGGUGCCGUUUUUGCUCAUCGCUGGCGAGGAGGAUAAGUCUGCUCCGCUGGAUAGCUGCAAAUAUAUAUUUGAUCGCGUGUCGAGCGAGAAGAAGAAGAUGGAAGUGUUGCCUAAGGUGGGCCAUUGGCAUUGUAUUGAAGCGCCGGAUCAGGUGGGCAAGACGAUUGUGGAUUUUGUCGGGUCUUGGUGA